GACGAACCAGGAAAAUGUUCUUAAUGUUUAACUGUUAUUUGCAAUAUUUUAAAUGAAGAGUAUUAGCAGAAAGUUAUGCUUUAGUUUGUAUUAGACACCUAAUGUGCAUUACCGAGGAAAAACCCCACCAAUUUCUGAUAAGGGUCUUAAUCUUUGGGAGGCAUAGCAACUACAAUACAAUGCAUGAGUUACCAUGGUAUAUAUUACUGUAUUAGCUUGAUAACGUUGAGAGAAUAUUCUUCGAAACGUCGCCCAAAUAAAUAAGUAGCUGUUUUUACAUAAGUAUGUGUUACAGUUUAUUGUUCUGAUAAGGGGUUUGCGAGAAAUCAUCUCUUAUUUUUCCUUCUCAUGUUUUUAAAAACAUGUUUGAUACGGUAUAAACAUGUAACGUUUGGGCGUAGUGAUGUUUUCACUUCAGAUUAUGGCCUCCUUUAUUUACAUUGUGCAAUCAAGUUGAUGAUAUUUCAUGUUAGAGGUUUCGUAUUUGUCAUUUGAAUUUUACAUAAAUAGAAUAAUAGAUGCUGAUUCGUUUAUAUGAAAUUGCUUAAAUUAGAAUAUGUUGAAAAUUAGGAGAAUUUGAAAAAGCAGGGAAUUAUUUUAGCUGCCAGCAGCCCUGUCUAAAGUUAGUAUAAAACUGUAAACAUGCCUUAGGCCUAGUUCUCAAUAUCACACGAUUUGACUAUGCAGUUUAAUAUUUUUAUUCACCCAUAUUGCAAUGGUUGUGGUUGUAUAUUGCCAUCGCCCCUGUCCGUUCGUGAACGCUCUAGAGACUAAUGUUAAUAUCCAGUUGACUAUAAAUUUAUACUCAGUGUUUAAGGUUAGGAUAUGACCAACCCUAUUGCUUUUCAAUGAUUUCUGAUAAUUUCUGUCAAUGUUUAGAGCACUUGAUCACUUGAGAUAUCUUGUGGACGCGCUAGAGGUUAAUGUUGAUAGAAAUUUAUACACAUGUCUAAGGUCAUGAAACAAACAUUUUAAAACAAAUUUUAAUGAUUUCUGAUAAUUACUAAAUGGGUUAUUACGCGUAAUCAGAUUUUCAUGUGUUGUAAAUGUUCUCAUUACUGACAAAAUAAAAAAAUAUGCGACCGACAACACUUGUUGACUGCUCGGAUGACUUAGCCACUGUGGCCGUAUAUUUCGUUGCCUGGCAGACUAUCUAUAAAUUAAAUCAUUAAAUGGCGAUUGUAUUUUAAUUCGUUUCCAUCUGAACUAUUCUAGAGAAUUGAUUAUGGGUUUGUUAUGUGAAUAAAUGUCUAUAUAAUAAUUUGUAUAACAUUUGAAGCCAAAAUAAAAGAAAAAAGAACAUGUAAUAGAAUAGGCAGAUUUAGCUCUUACUCAUUGAGUCAACUCGCGUAGUAUCAAUUCCCUGGUUGUACAUGUAUGUGACAAGGAGUAGGGAUGCCUGUCCAACCUCAUGGAUUUUCUCUGGGUCCUCCGGUUUCCUCCCACUUUUAAAGACCCCUACGUGUAUCCGCAUGCACGUAAAAGAUCCUUUGGCAGUUGGAAUUUGAUAUAAGAGUAGGCCAUAGUGUCGCUGCCCUGGCAAAAUUUGCCUCAUAGCACACUGUAUGGCGUAUGCCGGUCUUCAUUAGCCCAGUCGGAGCAGAACAGUGGGACGUUAAACCCCAUUUCCUUUCAUAUUAUAUAAUGUAUAAUUACAGAGUACUAAAUCCCUGCUGGUAGCCUAGUUUACCGAUUCUUGAUUUAUUUAACAAUAUGAAAGAAGGAUUGAAAUCAUCUCAGCAUGCAAUAUAACUCUUUCAUUUUGAUACAUAGACAGUAACAAUUCAAUUAAUUAUAUUCUAUUGCAUAUUUCAGAGACCGCAUAAAACUUGUGUGAAAGAUGGGAGAUCAAAUUAUUAGACAGUCGCUUUUAGAAAUCACAUUAUUUAGCAUGUUCAUCUGCUUCAUAGACUCUUAACUAUGGAUCUAUCAUACAUGAUUGAUAGAAUAUUACAGUUUUCAUCGAGGAAAAAAAUGAAGUGACUUACUUAUAGGAGAGCCGUAAAAUGGGAAACAUUAUUCAAAGACUAAGGAGUAGGACUAAACCCAAAUAUCGGACUAUUGUGCCAAAUUGUGCUGUAGAUCCAGAAAUUUCCCAUUCUCAUAAAAGUCAUCCAAAUCAUGGAUAUUUAUCGAACAAGAUCCAAACAAACCGCUAUUCUGUGAUAACGUUUUUACCCAAAAAUCUUUUUGAACAAUUUCACCGCUAUGCUAAUUUAUACUUCAUAUUUCUGGUUGCAUUGAAUUGGGUGCCGGAGGUAAAUGCAUUUGCAAAGGAAAUCACAAUGUUACCGGUUAUAUUUGUGCUGGCUGUUACUGCUGUCAAGGAUGCUUAUGAAGAUUUUCAGCGAUACAGAUCUGAUAAAAAAGUCAACUCUCAAAAUUGUCGUAAAUUUUCAAGUACAGAAAAACGUUAUGUAAAAACCGAUUGGCAUGAUAUACAUGUUGGUGAUUUUGUCCAUCUGUCUUGUAAUGAGAUAAUACCUGCUGACAUUUUACUGCUAAGAUCUAGUGAUAAAGAGGGAAUCUGUCAUAUUGAAACAUGUAAUAUAGAUGGUGAAAAUAAUCUCAAACAAAGAUAUAGUGUUAAAGGACUUGACACAAAGGAAUGUGAAUUUGAUCCUUCAGAUUUUCAUAAUGUCAUAGAAGUGGAACAACCUAAUUGUGCAAUUUAUAAAUUUAAAGGGUAUAUAUUUGAAAAUGAAGAGAAUAAGAUAGCUUUAAAUAGAGAUAAUUUACUGCUGAGAGGUUGUGUUAUAAGAAAUACAGAUUUUAUUGAGGGUAUCUGUGUAUACGCUGGUCAUGAAACAAAAGCAUUGUUAAAUAAUCGUGGUCCUAGAUAUAAACGCAGUAAAUUAGAACGAGCUAUAAAUCGGGAUGUUGUCUGGUGUGUUGUACUCCUGUUAUUUUUAUGUUUUUUCUGUGCCAUAGGAAGUGGAAUAUGGUUAGCGGACUAUAACACUAUAAAAGAAAAUACAAAUUUGGUACCAUUUAUAUCAUUUGGUGAUUUAGAUAAAUAUUCACCAUUAUACCAAGGUUUUAUUGUCUUUUGGACGUAUGUCAUCAUGUAUCAAGUUGUGAUACCUUUACCAUUAUAUGUAUCUGUAGAAUUAGUUAAAUUAGGACAAGUCUAUUUUAUGACACAAGAUAAAGAAUUCUACCAUCCAGAAUCAGAUAAAAGACUAGAAUGUCGUGCCUUGAACAUAACAGAAGAUCUGGGCCAAAUACAAUAUAUAUUUUCUGAUAAAACAGGAACAUUAACUGAGAAUGUUAUGGAGUUUAAAAGUUGUACUAUAGGUGGUGUUGACUAUCCUCAUUUACCAGGAGACGAGGAGAGUAGUGAAAAUGAUAUUGAUAGUAAAUUUUCUGUCCCCAGCAGAAACAGUUCCAUUUUAGAGAAUUUGCGGUUAGAACCAGCAUUACAGAGAGAAUUAUCUAAUAUGUGUUUAAGAAGUUUAGAUAGUGUAGAGUUAGUUAUACCAAGACAUGUACAACGAGUCCAGGAAUUCUUUUUAUUAAUGGCUGUCUGUAAUACUGUAGUUGUCUCCCAUCAUCCACAUGAAGAUAAUAUAGAUGAAAGUGGUUUUCUAACAGAUCCACAGUUUGUUGGUGGAAUUGCUUCAAGAAUUGAUCAACCAUUAGAUAAAUAUAGCCGUCUGUCCCGAUCUAGUUCACCAUCGUCGAGUCAAGAUCCGCGUGAUUCACUAACACCAGUCCCAUCAGAAGGUAGUAUUGGUGGCUCCUCUUUACUAUCUGACAUGUCGUCACGUACUAGGUAUGAAGCUGAAAGUCCUGAUGAACUAGCUCUUGUUAAAGCUGCCAGUACGUAUGGUUGUCGUCUACUCAAAAGAUCUCCUAAAACAGUAGUUGUUUGGUUGCCAGCUGAAGGAGAGGUUGAACUAGAAAUAUUACAUAUUUUACCCUUUGAUUCAACACGUAAACGCAUGUCUGUGAUACUUCGUCAUCCAUUAUCAAAAGAAAUAACCCUUUAUACCAAGGGAGCAGAUUCAGCCAUAUUAAGUGUUUUAGAUAAAAGUUUUAAAGUUGAUGAAGAAUAUAGACUACAACGAGAUCAAACUACUGAACAUCUGACGCAAUAUGCCAUGAAGGGUUUACGUACAUUAUGUAUGGCAAAAAGGGUUUUAAAAGAGGAUCAAUACAAAGCAUGGUUAGUUGAUUAUCUGGUCGCAUCAGCUUCAAUAGAAGAAAGAGAAGAACUUAUGUUAAAAUCUUUCUGUGAUAUAGAAACUGGGUUAGACUUAUUAGGUGCUACUGGUAUAGAAGACAAAUUACAAGAUGGGGUCCCAGAAACUAUAGCUAAAUUAGGUGAAGCAGGUAUUAAAUUAUGGGUGUUAACUGGAGAUAAACAAGAAACAGCUAUACAGAUCGCAUAUUCUACAAAACUAUUUACUAAAAAACAAGAAGUUCUACAGCUGAAUGCCACAACUAAGGAAGAAGCAGAAGAUCUUUUAAGACAUCAUUCAGAGCAAAUAUCUAAAGACUACAAGUCUUCACUUAAAGAGCAUAAUAAUGACACAUCAACAACAGUCUUUAGAGAAUAUGUUUUAGUUAUAGAUGGUACAACUCUGGCAUUUGCUCUAACAGAGGAACUAGAUCCCAUUUUCUUGGCUCUUUGUCAGAAAUGUAAAGCUGUCGUCUGCUGUCGUGCCACACCUAUACAGAAGGGAAAUGUUGUUAAAUUGGUUAAAGAAAGAUUGCAGAAAAUGACUUUAGCUAUAGGUGAUGGAGCUAACGAUGUUAGUAUGAUACAGACAGCUGAUAUAGGUAUAGGUAUAUCAGGUCAAGAAGGUAUGCAAGCUGUCAUGGCAUCAGACUUCGCUAUUGCUCAGUUCCGUUUCCUUUUAAGACUAUUGUUAGUACAUGGUCACUGGAAUUACUUUCGUCUUUCAAAUUUUGCUGCCAUCAUGUUUUAUAAAAGUCUGAUUACUGUGUUUUUAUUAUUUUGGUUUCAAAUCUAUAGUGGUUUUAGUGGUUCACUGAUGAUAGACAGUUUAUAUUUAAUGUUAGAACAUUUGCUUUUUGUAUCCGUUCCUCCAAUAGUAAACGGCGUAUUUGAUAAAGAUACAUCAGCUGAACAAUUAUUAGAUAAACCACAUUUAUAUAAAGCAGGUCAGAAUAGCAAGUUAUAUACCAAAUGGACAUUUGGCAUUAUUUUUCUUGAUUCACUAUACCAAAGCCUGGUCAUCUAUUUCAUCACCCAUUAUUCAUACACAAACUUUGGUGUUGGUUUAUGGGAGUUUGGUACUACAAUAUGUGUUUGUAUGAUAUUAAUUAUUUUACUACAGAUUGGUCUAGAAACUAAUUCAUGGGUAUGGUUGCAGUGGUUAUUUUUGAUACUAAGUUUCAUGGUAUUUUGGAUGUUUGCCAUCGUUUCUAAUGCCAUCUUUUUCACAUUCAACCCUCCUUCUAAUCCAUAUUGGGUAAUGGAGAAUACCAUAUCUCAGGCUAUACAUUCUUGUAUUGCAAUCAUUGUUUGUGUUCUAGCUUUACUGCCACGGGUCGUGAUAAAAUCAAUACAGUUUACGUUGUUUCCUACGGACAUUGAUAUAAUUAAACAACAAAUACAGGAAACCAUGACAACAGAGGAAAAACAAGAUGUUCGUGGUUAUGAUAAUGAUAACGUUAAUACAACAGGUCUUGUUAAUGCACAAACAAUGCAAACUAGUGAUAGUUCCAACAUGAAUCAAGAUAACGCUUCAUCGAGCAGAUAUAAUGAAAUGAAAAUUUCAAAUAAUGAUGUCGCUGCUCAUAAAAGAAAUACUUCUUCAUUUCUCGUUACAAAGCUCUAGUCGAUUUUGCACAAUAUUUCCAAAUGAAGCAUUACAUCAUUACAGAAUUGAACUUCAGACAGACAUUUGUCAAAAUGCUUUUGGGAUUAAUGUAAUAUGUGCCACGUUCAUAACUGAGGUUUUUAAAGAUUAUUUUGCUUUUAAGGAACCAAAACAUUUUUGUAAAAUAUUUUAAUAUUUUAAGGAUCCUUACCUGGACCCUGUUUCUCAAAAUCUUAACUAAAGAUAAAAAUCCAAAUUUUAGUAGAUACUUCAAUUUUGAUAGGCUAAGCAGUAAAAUCAAUCUAAUAUUAUCCAAUCAAAUUACUAAAAUUUGGAUUUUAUCUUAGUUAAAAUUUCGUGAAACAGGCCUCUGACAUUUUUGAAUAUAUAACAUAUUUUGUACUCGUGGCAAUUGUUGAUAUAUUUUUAGAUGAGUUUUUCUGUUUUUUUUCUUUUUAUUAACUUAUUUUUUGUAUUUAUGCUUAUUUAAUAUAUUAUUGCUAAAAUAUUAUUGAAUGUUAAGAAAAACAAGUAAAUGUUUUUUUAAGAUAAUAUUGAAAUUGAUAGAAAUGAAAUGAAAUGAAAUGGAGUUUAACGUCCUACUGUUCUGCUCCUAACCUGGGCUAAUAAAGACGGGGAAAUUGAUAGACACAUGAUCUCAGAAAUAUACUUAUUUAAGGCAAGUUAAUAUUUUAUGAGGCAAUUUGUUGGGAUUGAUGAAAUACUGUCUGGUCAAGCUGGAACUAUAUUUUCAUUCGAUCUAAGCAUGAAUUCCUCUGAACAAUUAGUCCCUUUAGCCCUAAACAGGGUUUAAACUUUGGCUGUUUUCCAUCCAAACAUUCAGAUACACAUAAUUUCAUAAUAUACCUACGCAUAGUUGAUUAAUGGGAGUCCCCCAAAAUUGACAGUUCGGAAAUAUUUAUUGUUUAUUACUGGUGUUUAAUUUGACUAUUUUUACAUAAUAGUCUGUACCCAGUGUUUAGGUUUAUAUCUUAACAAAUUUUAGAGCCACAGGAUUUGGUAACCGAUAGCCUUACCUUAAACACAGCGGAAGCUACAUUGUUAAUAUUUUGAGUGGAGAACAGAUACUUUCUUAUUGAACAUUUUAACAUAUGUUUUUUUCUACCCAUAAUUGUGAUGUACAUAUUUAUAAACAGAUUUACAGUUUUAUUAGAAUCCAUCGCCAAUUUUUGAAAAAUGGCAUAUCUCAGAGAGCAGGAACUCAAUCUUUACAUGUAUUCUAGCAAAAUAAAGCUCAAAUGUCUAAGAUUUUAUUAUAAACAUUUGAAUAUGGGUCUAGAAUAUUUACUUCAAUAUUCAUUAUUAAUUCCAUAAAGCUCAAAUGUUUUAAGAUUUUACUAAAAACAUUUAAAUAUGGGUCUAGAAUAUUCACUUCAUUAUUCAUUAUUAAUUCAAUAAAGCUCAAAUGUUUUAAGAUUUUAUUAUAAACAUUUGAAUAUGGGUCUAGAAUAUUUACUUCAAUAUUCAUUAAAUGUUUAAGAUUUUGUUAAAAACAUUUGAAAUGGGUCUAGAAUAUUCACUUCAUUAUUCAUUGUUAAUUCAACUUUUGUGAGUCAUGUUUAAAUUAUUUGAUCAUGUUAUUUUGCAUCUAGUAACAUUCACGAAUAAAUGAAUCAUUUCCAUAUGAAAUUUCCACCAUUCACAUAUAUUAUGUUUGUUUCUGUUUCUAGUUUUGGGUAGGUCUUGAUCUUUUGAUGAAUGAAA